AGAUUCGCUUUUGGGCAUUCAUGAAUGGAGCCAACGUGAAUCGUCUGAGCGUGCUGACUCAAGUAUCAACUCAUGAUGAGCCAGAGAGGGCUUGGACUCAGACCACAUCCAUGGGAGAUGUCUGGAAUAAAUUUUCAGUUCCGCUGGAUGUUGGAUAUAGAUUCAAGAUAUACUUUGAAGGUAUCUCUGGAGGCCUUGAUGACAAUAUAGCGCUUGAUGAUAUCACCAUGACUCCAGGAUGUGUCAAAGACCCUGAUCAAACCCUUCCGAUUACCAUCAAACCAACAGAUAGCCCACACUGUGGAGUUGGUGAAAGAGCUUGCACAGACGGUACCUGCAUUGCAUCCAAUAAGUUCUGUAAUUUCAUCUUUGAUUGUGAUGAUGUCUCAGAUGAGAUAGAUUGCCCAUCUGUGUGUGACUUUGAGGUUGACAUGUGUAUGUGGAGACAAGGAGUGAAUGAUAACUUUGAUUGGUCAAGAUUUAAUAACUCGGAGGCCAACAGUUAUUCUGGUCCUAUCGCAGACCACUCUAAAGGAAGUCCUAUGGGUAUUUACUACUAUGUAGAUGGUCUCACAAGCAGUAAGAAUGAGCAUGCUACCUUGAUCAGCCCAACGUACGGCCAAGCAGGGGUAGAUUGCGUAGCCUCUUUGUGGUACUACGUCUAUGGUAGCUCGUAUGGGAACCUUGAGAUCAAACGAAGGGUGGAUGGCGAGGAAAGGACAUUGAUGAACAUCAACAAGGGUAAUGCGGUCGGUGAGCAGUGGACGCAGGCCAGGCUCAGCCUUCCUCCAUGUUUGGCAAACUUCAAUAUACUCAUUGAUGCUGGAAAUCAACAAAAUACCAAAACCUCUGGAGGUUACGCCAUCGAUGACAUCCGCUUCGAUAACUGCGCCUUUGAGGAGUACGAACCAUCCAAACCCUGUCUCACCAAUUUCUACCAAUGCAGCGAUGAACAUUGUUAUCACCAGGACAACAAGUGUGACCUGAAUAAAGAUUGUUGUACGGAUGGCGGCAACGGCAACGAUGAAGCUAAUUGCAGUUCUUAUCAUCAAUGUAACUUUGAGGUUAAUCUCUGUAAUGUAUGGAAUCAGUUAACAGCGCCUGAAGAUGACUUUGAUUGGACUCUGGUUCAGGCUAGAAAGAUGAGUCAGAUUAGAUUUGACCACACUACAGAUUCUGUAAAUGGAUACUACUUGUAUAUGGAUCCACAAAACCGAGCCCAGACUGGUGAUAUAACACACCUUGGCAGUUAUGUUAUCCAAGCAAGUGAUACAAACUGCAAGAUGCGGUUGUUUUACUACAUGACUGGAAUCAAUGGAGGUACUUUAAAUGUCUACACUCGUACAGUGGUAGGAGGCCCUCUACUGUUGAGAUGGACUGAGUCAGUUGAUCGAGGUCUGAUGUGGAUCAAGCAGACUAUUACGUUGAACAGUGAUGAAAUGUUUCAGGUCAUCUUGGAAGGGGUAAAAGGUCAAGGGUCAUCAGGUAUCUUGGCGAUUGACGAUACAACAUUCACUCCCGAAUGUCGGAUGUCUGGGUCCAGCCUUCCGGUUCAUACUACAAGGUCGCCUUCUACUAGCACUGUGCCUGCUACCACUAAAAAAUCUGCCAGUACUCCGUAUUCAUCCUCAUCAUCUUCCCAAACAACGUUCACUACUGAAGGUGGGGUGCUAACACGACAGCCACCUACCCACAGCCCACGCACUGCUGGUCUUGUGGCGGGACUUUCUGCUACUUUUGGCAUCAUCAUCUUGGGCAUCCUGGUGAUAUCUUUCUUUUUCUGGUGGAGGGGAAGAAGAAGUGGUAAAGAAGAUCUAGGAGUUCUUAGGAAUAACAUGGAAACACCAGGAUAUGACAAAGACUUUGGGAAUGUUGAUUUUGCUCUACAGGAAAUAGACACAAGUAUGUUUGGAGAAUCCCCUUCUGAAUCUGGGCCAACGAACAGAGGUAUCGAUAACCCAGUCUAUUCUGCACCUGCACAAUUGCCUGUUGAGGGACAGACAGAGGCCUGAUUGCUCACAUCACUUCCAUGACACAAUCUGACAUAAAAAGAACAAAUAUAUAGUAAAACCUUCAAAAUUUCAAAGUUAUACCCAUGAAUAUCUAGAUGAAUUUACCCUAAAACCAUAACUCACACUCAAGAUUUUGGCAUAAGAGUCACCAUUGGCCUACCCUAGUUCACUGUUAUGCAAGCACACCCCCC